UCCUCUCUUCUACUACUACAAAUCAUGGCUAUAAAAAAAUCAAACACGAGUCCUCAAACAGCAGCUCUAAAGCAAAUUCUUAAAAGAUGUUCAAACUUUGGUAAGAAGAAUGGGUUUGAUCCUCAUCAUCAUCAGCAAGAUCUUCCUUAUGAUGUACCGAAAGGUCAUUUUGCGGUGUACGUGGGUGAAAAUAGAAGCCGACAAAUUAUUCCGUUAUCAUGGCUAGAUCAUCCUGAGUUUCAGAAUUUGCUUCAGAGGGCUGAAGAAGAGUAUGGAUUUAAACAUGAUUUGCAGGGUCUUGCUAUUCCAUGUGAAUAAGUUUUUUUUCACUCUUUAGCAGUACUCAUAAGAUGAAAAUGAAAUUACUGUAUAUAUUUUCAAUUCUUGUAAACCUAAGUACAGCUCAGUACUCACCAUUGUUUAAAGUAGUCAUCAUAUAGGGUCAAUUCUUUUUUUUUUUCAAAGGGUUGAUAAUAAUGAGAAGCUCUCUUGGGCUUUGUAAUUUAAAUUAUGGAUUCGAAUUCAAAUUCUUUAAUGUUCAGGCA